CCACACCCUCCGUCACUUGUGAAAUCACCCCGAUCCCCUUGUAUGAAGCAAAUUAAAUUAGUACCAAAUUGAAACCCUAGCCGUAGCUUUCGUCGAGUUCGAAGUUUGCUGGUGUUCUAUGUAUGUAGCUUCCAUGGUCAUCAAAGUCUUCAACCCGUCUUCGCCGUCACCGAUCACAGCUGCUACUUGGAGCUCGGCCUCCGUCGUCGUUGUCUUCUCAGGCGCGCCGUAGCCGCCGUCUGUUUGCCGUUGACGUUGGCGUCUUCAUUCAGAGGUUGGCGUCGUGCCCGUCUCUGCCGGUGACGUUCGGUCGCUGUUUGUCAUUCGAGUUAAUUCCCAGUCGUCCGGUAGCCACGCCUCUCUGUCGCCUGGCAACGCUGGGACCUAACCGAGAGCUACACCUGGCUGUCAAACUGCUGUUUUUUGUCGCCUGGGUGAGUUUCCCAACGCCCGCCACCAGCUUCAAACUCUGCAACUUCUGAGUUCUAUUACAAUAAGCUGUCUGUUGGAUUCAAUUUUCAUUGUGUGGGAAAUUUUCGGAGGUACAUAAUAAUUAAUUAGGUAAAGUAUUUCAAUGGAGGUGACUCUGAGCGAGGAGGAUGCUAAUUGUGGAGGGAGUGAAGGUGAUGGGUACGAGGAUGAACUUUCUGAGUUGGAAGACCUUGCCGGACUAAGUGUGGAUGACAUCUUGAAGAAGGUAUGGGACAGCAUUGAUAAUGCAUAUGAGUUCUAUCGAGGGUUCGGCAAACUGUAUGGAUUCGGGGUGCGAAAGGGUGACUCCGGAAAAGACUGUGAGGGGAAUCUGGUAAGGUAUAGGUUUUUUUGUAACAAGGAAGGCUCGAGGGAACGUAAAUACUACGACAGGGUUGACAGAACGAGGGUACACAAACCGGAGAUAAGAACUAACUACAAGACAAUGUUAUCGGUUUAUUUAGACAAAAAUGAUAAGUAUUGGAAGGUUAGGAAGUUAGUCACCAAACACAAUCACGAGCUGACACCGGUAGGAAUGGUGCACUUGAUUGCCAAUCAUCGUGGGUUAACGGAAGUUGCAAAGAGUCAGAUAGUUGGGAUGCAAGCACAUGGUAUUGCAACGUCUAAGAUUGUAAGGUACAUGGCUGGUAUGGCCGGUGGCUAUUCGUUGUUGGGGUUCCUGAAGAAGGAUGUCUAUAACUAUGCUGACAAACAGCGGCGUAUUAAAAUAGCUUAUGGCGAUGCAAAUUCUGCAUUAGUGUAUCUAGAGGGAAAAACCGAAUCAGACCCCAUGGCAAUCGCAAAAUAUAAUGUGACUAGUGGCAACAGGCUCGCAAAUCUGAUCUGGGUGGACGGAACUAGCAGAGUCGAUUACCAAUCCUUUGGCGAUGUAUUGGCGUUCGAUUCAACCUACAAGAAAAAUAAAUACAAGAGACCAGUUGUGAUUUUUUCUGGAACAAACAAUCAUAAGCAGACCACUAUAUUCGGGUUCGGGUUGUUGCUUGAUGAAAGUCUGGCAUCCUAUCAGUGGAUGCUAGAGAAUUUGAUGGAGAUCAUGUGUGGUAAGAAGCCGUUUGUAGUGGUGACUGACGGGGACAAAGCUAUGAUAAAAGCAGUUUUUGAAGUCCUCCCCGAGUCGACGCAUCGACUGUGUGCAUGGCAUGUGGAGAAGAACGUCACAUCAAAUGUAAAGGAUGCUGAUUUACGUGGGCUGUUUAGGAGAUGGUUGUACGCGGAUAUGGCGACAGAGGACUUUGAAUCGGAAUGGGAGCAGGCCGCCGAUGAGUAUGGCCUCCACGAGAAGUAGUGGUCAUGCCAGAUGUAUGAUAAAAAAGAGAUGUGGGCAAGUGCUUAUCUGCGUGACAAGGUCUGCGUGGGCUACCGGACUACAUCUCGCUGUGAAGGAAUUAACGCAUAUGUGAACAAGUUUUCGAAGGCCACCCACACAAUUUUGGAGCUGGUGCAGUGCUUAGAGAUGGUUGCCCGUGAGUAUCGGAAUAAGGAGAUGCUUCUCCAGUUUCAAUCCAUAAACUCGGUUCCGGUUAUGACAACAUGCCUCAGAAGUAUUGAACGACAUGUCGCUUCAGUGUACACCAGAGAAGUGUUUGGUGAUGUUAAAAAGGAGAUCGAUGGGGUUGGUGCAUUGAUCUUGAUUAGCAAAAGGAGGAUCAUGAAUACAAUGGUAUACACCCUGGAGGAGUACGAAGAACCUGAUUUGCACAUAAUGUCGUCCUUCGGUUGGUCAACUGGGAAGUUAAGUUGCCAAUAUAAUUUAUGGAAGAAGCAUGGUUAUCCAUGCAAGCACAUGUUCUUCGUCAUGAAGGCAGAGCAUCUAAAGGAGAUGCCCAAUAAGAUUGUUCUGCGAAGGUGGAGAACUGAUGCAAAGUCCCCUGAGCAUUACAGAGAAAGUUGGGGAGACAUUAGCGAGCGUGGUGUCAUCCUCCGACAUGGGGCACUCCAUUCCGUCUCGCAGUGGAUGUUUUUCCUGGGGGCACAAAGGUUGUCCAUGUUCCAGAAGACAAUGUGUGGAAUUAAAUUGUUAGGUAAAGACCUCGAGUUGGAAUAUAGGGCAUUUCAUACUGGGGUGCGAUGGAGCGACAAAAACGUUGGUGAAGGUAAUCCCGUGGUAAGGGAUCCAGUUGUUGCUAAGGCAAAGGGGGCCCCAAAAAUUGCAAAGAAGAAGACACUUGGUAAAAGGAGGCGUUGGUAUACAGGCCGGAUCGGGUCGACGAAUGUGAAGGUUUUAAUGCCACCGGCUUAAUGGCCAACGAUGACUGGGAGUUGAUCGUGGGUGAUAACCUAUGUGUCGAUCCCGGGGGGUAAAGAGAAUGCGGACUAGUUUGAUAGAGUAUGACUUGAUUCGAUUGUUUAGAUGCAAUGCGGGAUUUAGCAGGCGACCCGAGGAAUCAUUUAACCCCAAUGCCAAGCUUUGAAAUAGGAUGGGGGAGGAUGCGAAGACGUGUGGUUUGCAAGGGAGCCCAGAUUAAUUUUCUUUGUAAAUGGGCAACGGAAAAACAAAAUAGCCUGAAGUUACUGCCUUGCAUUAAUUUUUAACGAUUUGGUUGUUUACUGCCCGGUAGAUUGGUAUAAUUUAUUUUCCUACUCUAUAUGUGAUGAUGUUUACCAAUUAGAUGUAUCCUUAUUGAAAGGCCAGACAUGUACACCAGGCCAUAUGUGAGUGUGGUUGAAUUUUUUUUGUCGGGUCACAUCCCUA